AAAUAUCUAGUGUGGAGAAAAACAUUUUUAUAUAAAAAAGGGGAGAGGGAUUAAAUCAAUACAGCACAGUAUAAGGAUAUUUCAUGUGGCAAUAUUGUAACUAUCAGGGCUGUCACAUGAUUGAAAAAAAUAAUCUAAUUAAUUACAUGCUCUGUGAUUAAUUAAUCUAAAUUAAUCACAUACAUCUAUUUUGCUGUGACAGUAUUUAAAAAAUUCAAUUCAAAUUAAUUUUGGCAGAUGUGUGGUAGUUAAGCUGGAUUUUUGGGCCCCUUGCUGCUAAAUCCUCUGUGUUAAGGUAAUAUUUGAGACUUGAAGUUCUCCGAUGUCAUGAAAAUUCCUUACUGCAGAAACUGCAGAGAACAGUGCUCCUAUCAAUAGUUUUAUCUAGCUGUUUUUUAAAUGUAAAUAUUCCAUUCACGGGGCCAAGCAGCGUCAUCUCGUCUGCCUCCAUCAUGUAACAAAGCCACUGUGGCCUUUAAUAAUGCACCGGGUCAAAAGGCACCACAGAAUGAGAUUAAUCAGCAUUCAUUUUUUUUAAAGAGUUUUUUUUUUCUGUGAUUAAUUAAUUGAAAUUUAAGUAUUAUUUUGACAGCCCUAGUAACUAUACAGCCGCUAUUAUAUCAAUCAUUAAUAUUGCAAAUACAGUAUUUUGCUGCGUUAGAAAUGAUUGGAGUGAGAUGAACAGACUGAAAACUUUAUCUUAUUAGAUAAAACAGAUGCUGUCGUCCUUUAAAGGACAUCAUUUGUGACUGACAAAAGGUAAUGAAUCCCAAUAUAUAUAAAAUACAUGUGUUAUCAAAAUACUUAGCAUAUCGCAAAGCAUUUAAAACUGAAAUACUAUUGUAACUUUGCUUAAGUAUAGUAACAAUAUCGUGUCAUGGAGCCUCUGGUGAUUCCCACCCCGAUAUAAAACACACAUCAUUCAAUUUUACGACUCUACAAAGCCCAGCUGUCAAGAAUUAAAUGUCACAGUCAAAUAUUAGAGUUGAAGAUUAGAUGAGAUGAUUUUCAAAGAGUUGCUAUUUACACUGCAGUAACACUGUGUUCUGUAAAAAAUCCAGAGAUGAAAGAAGUACUACUUAUUUAAAGGUCCAGUGUGUCAGAUUUAGGGGGAUAUAUGGGCAGAAAUGGAAUAUAAUUUAAUAAGUAUGUUUUCUUUAGAGUAUAAUCACCUGAAAAUAAAAAUCAGCGUGUUUUCAUUAACUUGGAAUAAGCUAUUUAUCACCAGGCAGAGGUCGCCAUGUUGGACCACCAUGUUUCUACAGUAGCCCAGAAUUGAUAAACCAAACACUGGCUCUUGAUUGGGCCAUUUGUGCUUUUGCAUUUUCAUUGACCACGGUAGUUAGUAAGCACCCCCACGAUGAGCGGCGUUGGAAAAAUACUUUUUUUUUUUCUUUUUUUUUUUUUACGUGAAACUGCUUUGCAGUGUUUUUGCCAGUUUUAACCCCCUGGUUCAUUUGUUUUAGAGAAGCAGACACCUCUACAUCUCUCCCCCUUCACGCUUAACUAUCCUAUCUGUAAAGGCAAAAAUGCCCAAAAAAAUCUUUGAAAAAAGAAUGAGCCGUUAUACAUACAGAGCAGGUCCUCUUUCACAGUGUCAACCAUUUUGUUUUUACAGUAAUUCAAGGAAGACAAACUAAACACUGGCUCCACAUAGGGCCAUUUGUGUUUUCACACAUUUGUGUCGGCUACUGUAGCUCUCCUACACACUUAAAACACAGGAGAAGUUUCAGUUCUGCAAUCUCACCACUAAACACCAUUAAAUCCUCCACACUGAAUCUUUAAAAGUAGCAGCAUCACAGUGUAGAACUCUGUUACAAGUAAGAGUCCUGCAUUAAAAGUUUUACUUAAGUACAAGUACUAAAUGUUGCCAUGAAAAGUAAGAAGUCUCACUGUGGAGAAUGACAAACUUCAGAAUAACAACUGAACAACGACUGAACAACAACAGUGAGCAUUCAGAAUGUUUGGGUUGUAUUGAUUCAAAAAAUUCUGCUCAGUCAGAUGCAAAAAAGCAGUCAUUCAAAUCUGUUUCAGCUGAGCAAAAAUGGCAGAGUUUCCUUCUGAAGGAUUUUUUACAGAAGGUGUAGCAAGAUAUGUUGUGACACUUGUUUUCAAGUCAGCAGUCUGCUGGAAUGAAACUGCAGGUGAGCACCAGGUACAGCCAAAGCGAAUGGUGAUCAAGAUGGAGGUAUCGAACCUGAGGUUGUCUACUCUGACUGACGGCCAGAUAAAAGCCUUGGCUGCCUGCUUACCUUCACUACAUUGUGGCCCCUUAACAGACGAGCUGUUUGACCAAACGUGGCACCAAGAAACAUUUUAUGUGUGGCAGUUAAGCUCAACUUCCCAUCUGGAUGAGAGGAGGAGUAGGACGCCUCAGCAGCCUCACAACAGUGAGUUUCUGCUGGUGACUCCACUGCACUCAGAGGACAUCGACAUACAGACCCUGGCUAACACCCAGAACCACUUUAACACUGUGGAGUCUGAGGGGAGGAUGUGUGUGAGAGUCACCACCUCUGUUCACUCACCUGAUGGACGAGAGUGUCUGAACAAAUGGAGGGUGUCUGACUAUGAUCUGGACGGUCGGAUGAUCCUGUCUGUGAUCUGCACCAUGAUCACGCCCAGUAUUAAAGGGAGGCAGCAGCAGGAGCAGGAGGAGCAGGAAGAGCAGGAUGACCACCUGAGCAAAGAAACAGAAGAGGCAGAACAUGAGUAUUUUAGUUAUUAAACCUGCAUUAAGUCAUUAGUUUUGUCCACCUGAGGGCAGCAGAAACAAA